CAUUCCAUUGACGUAUCCAUAGCAACAGCUUCUAGUGUUGCUCAUCCCAAGAUGGCGGACGAGGAUAAAGCCACGGCGCUCCCACUUGCUACUGAAGCCAAGAAACGUCGUGCACCUAAAGCUCCGGAGCUUCCUAUUGUGGAGAGGAGAAACUGGCUAAUCCACCAACACUACAUCCACAAAGACUAUGAUACUUGUAAGGUGAUCAUCAAAGAACAACUGCAGGAGACUAAUGGCAUGUGUGAAUAUGCCAUAUACGUUCAAGCACUAAUCUUGCGUCUUGAGGGCAAGAUCCAAGAGUCCCUGGAGCUGUUUCAGAGCUGCACCAUCCUUAAUCCAAGCAGCACUGACAAUCUCAAACAAGUGGCCCGAUCACUAUUUCUUCUGGGAAAGCACAAAGCAGCUAUUGAAUUUUACCAUGAAGCUGCAAGACUCAACGAGAAAGACUGGGAGAUCAGUCAUAAUCUCGGUGUGUGCUAUUUCUUCAUCAAAGACUUGAAAAACGCUGAAGAGCAUCUAAACAUAGCCCUCCAUAUAAAUAAGCACGACAAGACUUUCAUGAUGCUCGGGAAGGUUCAUCUGCUGGCUGGAGAAACUGACAAGGCCAUCGAAGUGUAUAAGAGAGCAGUGGAAUACUCUCCAGAGAACACUGAACUCCUCACCACCCUUGGCCUGCUGUUUUUGCAGCUUGGCAAAUACCAAAAGGCAUUUGAGCACCUUGGUAACGCCCUGACCUUUGACCCCAACAAUUAUAAGGCCAUCCUGGCUGCAGGCAGUAUGAUGCAGACCCACGGUGACUUUGAUGUGGCCAUGAACAAGUACCGAGUGGCAGCGUGCGCCGUGCCUGAGAGCCCCCCUCUCUGGAACAACAUUGGCAUGUGCUUCUUUGGCAAAAAGAAAUACGUCGCUGCCAUCAGCUGUCUGAAGCGGGCCCACUACUUGUCUCCUUUUGACUGGAAAGUGUUGUACAACCUGGGUCUGGUACACUUGACCAUGCAGCAGUACGCCUCUGCUUUCCACUUCCUCAGUGCGGCCAUCAAUCUGAACCCACGGAUGGGGGAACUCUACAUGCUGUUGGCAGUGGCUCUCACCAACUUGGAGGACGUUGAGAAUGCCACCAGAGCGUAUGAACAAGCCGUGACUCUGGACGCAUCCAACCCCCUGGUCAAUUUGAACUUUGCAAUCUUCCUUUAUAAUCACGGCGACAAGGCGGGAGCUCUGGAUCAGUACCAGGAGAUGGAAAGGAAAGUCAACGUUCUUCGAGACAGCAGUAGCAGCUUUGAGUUUGAUCCUGAGCUAAUGGACAUGGCUCAGAAAAUGGCAGCUGCCCUGCAGGUGACAGAGAGUCUGGUUUGGACAAAACCGGGCAAGGAUUCAAAAUCUAAACCUCACUCGGCAGCAGCAGCCAAAACUCCUGGAGCUCCACUUGGUACUAACCAAGCUCUGGGUCAGGCCAUGUCUUCAGCUGCGAGCUACAAUAAGAACAUCCAGCUGCAAACAGGUGUUUCCAAAGGCCCUUCCUCGGUCCUUGAGCCAGAACCGGAUGUGGAUAAAGCCCCCAGCCCCCCCACCGACCCUCCAGGCUCCCCAGAACCUGCAGAGUCGGACAACCCCAAACCCAGAACCUCCAAGAAGAAAACCAAGGUGGAAGAAUGAACUCACUUGAACGGUUACAUUCUUACAGUACUUGACGUCCUUGUCAUUAUCACACUCGGAGGCUAGUUAAGGCUUUUUAACAGCAACCAAGCUACUGUGUUUGUUUUGUGUUUCACAUCCUCCACAACCAUCUCAAGGGAAAGGUCAGCGUUUACUUUUGUCAUUCCGUACGUCUCAGAAAUACUGAAUGUGCAUCACUUCUCACUUUUAAACCAAAAUUCUGGGCUAAUAAAACCCUUGACACAUCAGAAUCAACUCACAGUACAAGAAUCCAACAGAACAAUAAAAUGAAGUUACACGUGUUGUCUUGAGGGGCCCAGCAAUAAGAUAAAAUGAUGAUUUUUCCUUGUAUUAACAUUCCUAUACAAUCUAAUACAUGUGAAAGAAAUGCUGCGACAAUCACUGCGAGUAUCUGAGGACAGGAAGUUAGAAUAGUCAGGGGACGUGGAUUGUUUGUAUGAUAGGACUUGAGUGUAAAUAGUGAGAACAGACUUUUAUAUGUAGAUAGAUGUAUGUUUAUAGAAAACUAUGUAUUUAAUAUUAAAUGAGAGACUUUAAA